AAAGUGUAGUAAGAGGACUCUACAUACUCAUUACAUGCAAACACACACAGUACGGGCUUUGACAUCUCCGCUCAUCUCUCACGGGACUCUCGCGAUAGUUCCCUUGCCAAAGCGACGACGGAGGAGAGUGAGCACGGUAACCCGAAGAGGCAGACGGACGCAAGGACCAUCCGAGCUUGGCGUGCGUGCGGUAGACAGCAGAGUGAGAGAGAGAGGGGGGACGCCGUAGCCUACGAGAAGUGACGUGACGUCACUGGCUUUCCUGAAAGUCAACAACAAGCCAAGCGGCAGAGGCUCAACGGCGGUUCUGGGGAAACAGAGGAGCAGCAGCCGCCUUGUUGACCCACAGCCGAUUGUCCAUUAGGUCCUCUCGACCGCAGGGACAGCUGUAACUGAACAUCGAAAAGGCUGAGUCACCCUCGGAGAGUGGGAAGGUCUGCUGAAGAAAGAGAGAGAGAGAGAGAGAGAGCAACAGAGAGUGGAAGACAGAGGGGAGGGAGGAGAGCCAACGAGCCGGCGAGAGAGAGAGAGAGAGAGGGAGAGAGAGAGAGGGAGAGUGUGUGAGCGUAACGGAUUGACGGCCACGAGAGGAAAGAAGACGGCACGCCGGCCCCUGAGUCCAGCUGAGCCACAACCAACCCAGCGCAAGAGAGAGAGAGAGAGAGAGGGAAAGAGAGAGACGGAUAAACAGAGAAAGAGAGAGAGAAGGGGAGAGAGAGGCGACAACGACGACGAGAGAGAGAAAGAACGAGAGAGAGGAGGGAGGGGAGCCCAAGCUCUACUCUGCACGCCGACGAGACUGGGAGGUCUGAUCCCCCCUCCUCCUCCUCCCCCCCCUCCUCCUCCUCCUCCCGUCCUCUCCUCCCUCUCUCCUUCCCCCUCCCUCCCUCCCUCCCUCCGUCGUUCCCUCGCUCUCUCUCUCUGUGUGAGCUGGGGAGUCCGUCUGUAGCGGAGGCAUCCAGGCAGCCACAGUGGGGAGAGACACCAUGAGCGAUGUUACUAUCGUCAAAGAAGGCUGGCUGCAGAAGAGAGGUGAGUACAUAAAGAACUGGAGGCCACGAUACUUCCUGCUGAAAACGGACGGCUCUUUCAUUGGGUACAAGGAGAAGCCUCAGGACGCAGACCUACCCUACCCACUCAACAACUUCUCUGUCGCAAAAUGUCAGUUGAUGAACACAGAACGACCAAAACCCAACACCUUCAUCAUCAGGUGCCUACAGUGGACAACAGUCAUAGAGAGGACGUUUCACGUGGACACGCCAGAGGAGCGGGAUGAGUGGACAGAGGCCAUUCAGAUGGUGGCAGACAAACUGCAGCGGCAGGAGGAGGAGAGAAUCCAAUGCAGCCCCACCUCCCAGAUAGACAACAUCGGAGAGGAGGAGAUGGACACGUCCACUAGCCACUAUAAACGCAAGACGAUGAAUGAUUUUGACUACUUAAAGCUACUGGGCAAAGGCACUUUUGGGAAAGUCAUUCUGGUGCGGGAGAAGGCCAGUGGGAAGUAUUACGCAAUGAAGAUCCUCAAGAAGGAGGUUAUCAUUGCAAAGGAUGAAGUUGCUCACACACUCACAGAGAGCAGAGUACUGAAAAACACAAGACACCCUUUCCUCACUUCUUUGAAAUACUCAUUCCAGACUAAAGACCGCCUCUGUUUUGUCAUGGAAUACGUCAAUGGAGGAGAGCUCUUUAUCCAUGGCUGUUUUCCAUUUGCCCGAGAGCGUGUGUUCUCGAGGAGCCUAGUGAUUCUCGGCUGGAUUGUCUCCGCUUUGGACUAUCUGCACUCUGAUAUAUUAUAUAGGGAUCAAAAAUUGGAGAACCUGAUGCUGGAUAAAGAUGGCCACAUUAAGAUCACAGACUUCGGACUCUGCAAGGAAGGCAUCACCGAGGCCGCCACCAUGAAGACCUUCUGUGGAACACCCGAGUACCUGGCACCUGAGGUGCUGGAGGAUAAUGACUACGGCCGUGCGGUGGACUGGUGGGGUCUGGGCGUGGUCAUGUACGAGAUGAUGUGCGGCCGGCUACCCUUCUACAACCAGGACCACGAGAAGCUGUUUGAGCUCAUCCUAAUGGAGGACAUCAAGUUCCCGCGCACCCUCUCCUCUGACGCCAAGUCCCUGCUCUCCGGACUGCUCAUCAAGGACCCCAACAAGCGACUUGGAGGGGGUCCAGACGACGCUAAAGAAAUCAUGCGACACAGUUUCUUUACAGGAAUCGACUGGCAAGACGUUUAUGAUAAGAAGCUGAUACCUCCCUUCAAGCCUCAGGUGUCAUCCGAGACGGAUACCAGGUAUUUUGACGAGGAGUUCACGGCACAGACCAUUACAAUAACUCCCCCUGAAAAAUUUGACGAAGAUGGCAUGGAUUGUCUGGACAACGAGCGAAGACCCCAUUUCCCACAGUUCUCCUACUCUGCUAGUGGACGGGAGUGAGUUCCGCACGACAGAGUGCCGCUGCCCAUUUCCUCAUGUAUGGUUACCAUGGCUACCACUGGACCAUCAGCGCCUAACCAACCUCUUUCCUCUCUCUCUCUGUCCCCAACUCCCUGACCCUCUCAUUUGAGUUGUUUCACGCACUGGGUGGACUGUAAGGGCCAUGACCCAAAAUGGCGGUGUAUUGUCAGGCACAAGUUUGGUGUAUUUUGGGCACAAGUUUGGGCUACAAGUCUCAAGCGCCUACUCACUGCUUUUUAUUGCACUGGUGGACUGGCAAACUAGGGUUUAGUUUUGUCUCAGUUUAUUUGUAUUUUUAUUUCUCUUUGUUUUUGUUUCUGGGUUAGUAGCUUCAUACAGUGAGCUGGUUUAGUUUUUCGAUUUUUAUUUUAUUUUGUUUGUUUGGGUCAGGAUUUUACAGUUAGCUUAGCUUAGCUGGCCAUGAUCACGGCCUUCCACGUUUUAGCGGGAAAGUGACCAGAAGGACCUGCCUUACUCUCCCCGUCUCGCUCUCUCCCUCAUGGAAAGGUGAGGCACAUCUGCUCUUCAGAUUCACAGGAGGUUUUGCCGGGGGGCAGAUAAUUCUGCCCCAUGAGAUUACGUGCACACACACACACACACACACACACACACACACACACACACAUGUACCCCUCUCCCUCUGUACCAGCCCAGAGAACCGCUAACUGUGGACCAGAUAGGGUUCAGGUCAGGAGCACACUCAUACAUACUCAUAUACACACACACACACACAAAACCUCACUCACACUUAGGUCUAGAUUGUGUCCAGAUUUGGAGCUCACACAAACACACGCAUACAUUAGGGACUGGAUCAGACCCAGGUUGAAACUGUAUCUGAUCUGACCCAAAAUCAGAGGGUGUCCGGGCGGAGCUCCACAUCCUCCCCUCUCCUUGUCUUAGCUUAGCUGUAGCUAGUAGCCGUUAGCUUUGUAGUGUUAGACCAUUUAGAAACUGCCAGAAACGGUUCGCUCAGGCUACGCAGAUGAAAAAGACAACAAACAAACAAACCAACCAACAAACAAACCUCUCUUUUCGUCUGCAAUCAAACUCAAGUAACAGGUACAGCAGCUUUACUCUGGGGUCUCCCACGGCUCAACGCAGGGGCCCCACACUCAUGCCACUAACUGAACAUGCCUCAAAACGUCUCUGCUCGCUCUCUCGUGGACAACUGUGUCAGUAGAUUAGGAUUCCUACCGACGUUUUUUAGUUUUUUAUUAUUGUUAUUUCUGCCGCCACUGACAACCACAGUCAUAUGGCUUAACUUUUAGGUAGUUCUGCCCUGUAGUUUCAAACGGAAAGAGAAAAGUCGUCUCUGACAGACCCUAAGUCAGAGACGUUUAUUUUGUUACAGUCUACAUGCAGAGCUCUGAAGUGGACCAGGUCUGAGAAACCUUGUGACGUUUCCGUGGUUUCCGUGACGUUUCCGUGGUAAUCCUGUGAAUCCAAGCAAUGCUUUACCUUUCCAUGGCCCUCAAAGUUCAGUUCCAUUCAGGGUUAAUUUUCCAACAGUCUUAAACUAUCGUCCACCAAGCGACCAGACAAAUGAACAAAAUCUAUGUGCGAGGCCUCCAGAGCUAGUUACUGAUCUAUAGAGUAUCUUAUCCCUUGGAAGAUGGUGUGUAAAUAUGCAAGGCUUUAUUUUGACGUCAGUGCAAGAAAAAAAAAAAAAAAAAUACUUUUUUUGCUGUCAUUGUAUUAGUAGUCAGCUGAUGUAACACAGUAUUCAGAAUGCAUUACACACAAACACACACCAACACAUACAAAAUGUGAAUGAUAAAGGCAACAUUUAGAGCCGUAUAUAAUGAUGCCACUUUUCCACAGGAGGAGGGGCUUAAUAUAUAUAUGGGUGGGCUUAAGGGAAUAGCUCCUCCUAUGAUGUUAAAAAGUGCAAUCACAGGAAAUGACUUCCCUUUUGGGGCAGUUAGAAGGCUGAUAGUAAAUAGGGGAUUGGUACUGUAAGGGAAGGGGAGGAAAAAUAUCGAUUUGUUUUUUAAGACCGAGGGAUUUUUUUUUCUUUAAAAAAUCUGAUUGUUUAAUUUAUUUGUUGUUGAAAUUUUUGUGUUAUUAUUAUUAUCAUCAUCAUAUUUUUUUUCCUACUACUAUUGUUAGGAGUAUUAUCCAGUUUUUUUCUGGAUUAAAAUGCACCUCAAAAAUGGCUUAAGAAUGUAGACAGGGCAAUGAAAAAGGCCUUUUAAUGUUGAUUUGCUUUGACUUCAAAUUUAUUUUCCUAUCGUCUCAUACCAAAAUAUAAUGAUGUCAAGAGCAAUGAAAAGCUCUAACUCAAAAGAAAGUUUGUCAGUAGUCUACCUACAGUCUAGUGGUACUGUGUUGUGUGUUACUUUGGUUUUAAUUUGUUUGUUUGUUUGUUUGUUUGUUUGUGUCGUGUGUGUUCUUUCACAUGGCUAUGUUGUCUACAUGAGGUACAGUCCCAAAUAGGAACCGAACUGGUGUGCCAAUCGGGCCCGUAUUGGCACCGGAGACGUUCCGCAGAGUCCGAGUACAUGGGACAUCUAAGACACAAGAUGCAACCCAGCCAGUGCUGUUGAGUCUGGAAAUCCCUGUGAGAGAAAAGAAAAAGAAACACACACACGCACACACAAAUACGCACGCUGCAUAAGUCAAACUGCCGUUAUGAAAAUACCUGUUUAAACAAGCUGCUAACGACCCAUACUUCGCUUGUCAUUUUGAUCCAAGUCUGAUGCAUAGCAAACUCAAAGGACCCAUGAAUAAAUAGAAGGAGCCUGUAGAUUUAAAAGUGAAGAGCAAAUACGUAAAAACGUCAAAACACAUCAUUCCACGUUUCAUAAAAGUAUCCCUAAAUACCUCUGUUAUCAUUCUUCAUUUACACUGUGAAUUUCAGCCAGCAGUGGACGCCAGAGGGAGGCAGCCGUGUUUGUUAACGAUAAAAGCGUCGUGUCACUUCUCCUACCAAACAAAAACAAGUAUUCUUUCACCCAUUUUCUCAGACAUUCUGCCCUUAUUGAUAAGUCUUCGGGCCAAUUGAGACGAGAAGCGUUUUUCAGUCGUCUAUGGUUAAAGGGCAACCAGAGCAUAUUAUUAUGCUUCACUACUACUUUAUGCGUGUAUGUGAAACGUACUCAACACAUUGUUAAACACUGUUACAUCACGUCAGAGAUGGAGGCAGUGUAAAUUCCCAUUUAGACAACACGUUUACAAGGAAUGCAGCAUGCUGUUGGUGAGUUAACUAGGUUGGGAUCCGUCAACAAGCUGCUCAGUUAGUCAGAGGCAACAAGAAGUGACGUCUAUUGUACUGUCUAUUCUUGCUGAAGUGUUGUAUGGAGUAGUUUCUAGGUCAUUUGUAUUUGUUCGUCUCCCAUGGUUUUUGCUCUUCAGGGUAUUGGUUGUGUGCACAGUAUGUGCCUUACAGGAAAAGUAGGUUCAAUUUAGAAUAUUUUUUUUCUGGGGUGUGUGUGUGAAAGUGUGGUUGUUGUCAAUUCAGCGUUGUAAAACUUAAGUUUGGGUCGUGGGCGCUGCAUGGUGAUGUUAAAGGAAUGUCCUGGGCCACUAAGAGGGCUGAGAAAAUGCAUAAAGUAUUGGAUGCAGCUGUACAUGAAAUAAGAACAUACCAGAGAGGUAUUUUAGUGUGCAGUCCACUUUCAGUAGUCAUAUCAAGGGUUUGUGUUCAUGUUUAAUAUUGCUUAAGAUUAAGUUUUAUUAACUUUGUCCUGAUGUUACUAAGGGGCUAUCCACUGUACGUAACUAUACCAUCUACUAUCUACCACUAUUGACUCAAGGCUAAUGGACAUGCUAUAACAUGUUUCACUGUUAUGAGGGUGUGUUUGAGUGGGCUUAAUUCUGCUAUUGGAAGUUGUGGAUGGUUUGAUGUAUAUGAUUUGACUGGGGUGUGAAGGUUGGCAACGCAGGUGUCAGUCGUUGAGAAACAAGGGUCUGCAAAUCUGCCUGUGAAGUGUCGUUUCUCUCGAGAAGGUGGUUCCAGAUGCAUGAUUUGACGGGCGAAAUGGAGGUGGAAGCAGAUGGGCUCAUCCCGAGACUGGAGGUCGAUCAAUAACUAGGACGUUGACAAGAAUAUGGUGUGUGGGAUGUAGAUGGCAGAAGCGCAAGUUGUGCAAGUCGUUCUGCAAGGGCUGCAUCUUAAGAGCUAAAUAUAAAAUCAGACACACACACACACACACAGAUAGUCAACAUACAAAUACACCACACACACACACACACAGAUUGUGUUUCUGUCGCUGCAUACAUCUGAAGCAUUGAGAUCACAUGGGAGAAUAGUUCCAGUUCCGUUUCACUCCUAGUCACAGUUUUGGAUUAAGGCGAGUUUGAGCACACAGUGUGUGUGUUGUUUCUGGGAUCCCAGGUUAUUGAUAGGAGCGUUGUCCAGAGACGCAGGUGGAGAACCGAUGUCCUCCCGCCUGCGUUGGCACUGUGUUGGCACAGAACUGUUGUGGAAACACAGGGUAUGUUGCGAGAUGUGGCAACAAUUUUUUAUUUAUUUUUUUGUGCAAUUCUAAUCCAUAAGUGGUUGUAGCCUGUGGUACACAUCAACAACCCUGUCCUUUUCUCUCCCCCUCUCGCCAACACGAGUAGAAUGUAUAUCGACUGAGUGUCAGAAAAAUGGUUGAAAAGGAACUGGGUUUUUGACGCAGCCCUCACAGGCAGUAUGUAGAGACUGGUGCGUUUCGCUCGAAGUGGAGUUUGGCGUAGGACGGCAGGAUCUGUCACGACGACGUGCCGACCGUACCCCCUACCGUUUCGGCGAAGCUCUGAUCUAAAAACUGCGGAUAUUCAAUCCAUUACACUUUGUCAUUGACUGUCUUCCAGAAGCUUUGUUUGGGUCACUUCUGUCAUGUGUUGUAGUGGGAUCAAUGGCUUAAUGAAACUACUUGGAGCAAUGGUUUAAUAGGAGCAUACUGCUGAACACAAUGCAUAUUAUAUCUGUGUGUUUGUUUUGUUUAUUUCUGUUUUAUAUAUGCUGGUUUGUUUGAGGAGUAACUUGAACGUUUCUUAUUUUCUGGUAUUUGUGUAAGAUCUAGACACUGUCUUUUGUUUGAUUGUUUGUUUGUUUGUUUCUUUUUUUUUUAGCUGUGAAUUUCAACAUGGAGAUAAACAAAUGUUUUUGGGCACUUAACAUUUUAUUUAACGUUUUUAUGCAUUGAUUGAUUUUCACCAUUUUUGAAGGAGCACUUAAUAAACGUUUCUGCACUCUGUCUACUUGUCUUCGCCACAGGUCAGACAGAAUGGCAGACACAGCUUGUACGCUCGCACUAUGUAGGAUAGGAUAGGCUAGACUAUGACACAUUACUUUUCUUUCUGCUCGCCUCAAAAUGGUAUGUGACUUUCUCUUCGAAUCUGUGUAUACCUAUACGUGUAUGGACCCUUUCAAGAGAGUUCCAUUAUCAGCAUCAUAGUUGGCCCCACAAGACUUCCUUUUUAACAUUCCAUAUGUUAUCUUAAUGCAGAGGAAGUAGAUUGGGGCCCAAAUAGAACGUUCAAGCAUUGUUUUUGUUUUUAUUGUUGAAAGGGUCUAUACAUUGACAUCAGCUGGUCUUUACCAUAUUGACCACUACUGGAAAGCACAGAGUCCCUUCAUGGAGAUCAUGCGUCUUUCUUUUUGUAAAUUAUAAAUAAAAGAAGGAGAUCCUUUCACAUUGGGGAUGUAUGGGGCGGGUGGAUUUGAUAUGUUCAAUUUUAUGCAAAAGUUGAGGCUCCCUUGGCUAACUGACGUCAUGGCAUUUUGUUAUUUAUUUAUGCUUAUUUAUUUAGGGAUAAAAGUAGAAAAUACAGCCCCUGCAGUUAAGAAAACCAAACCCUUUUACAAAUGUUAUUACAAUGUUUCUGAUUUCAUGGAGAAAUAAUAAUAAUAAUAAAAAAAAUAGACAUGAUUAAUGGCAUAAUUGUGUCCCAUGCUCAGAGCUUCUCGGAUGUUUGCAUUCAGCUGUAAUGUAUCUGGGGCAGCUGGUGGGAGAGCACGUGCUGGAGAGCCAGAUUUGGUCCCUCCAUGUUGAGAACUGUGUUUUCCUGUGCGCCAAGUCUGGACACAGUCAAGAAAAGAAAAGUCAAAACAGGAAAAAAAAUGUUUGUGUGUGUGUGUGAAAUUUGCUAUUUAAACAGCUUAACCACGCAAAGAAAGUGGACUUGUCGACAUCAAAAUGUGUGCGAAAAAAAAUAUACGGCUGAAAAAAAAAGUAUAGUAGAAAGCUUUAUCCAUCAAACAGCCUGCUCACAGAAUGAGUCCGUGGGACCCAGACUCUUGUUUGCCCUUGAGAAUGACCAUCAAGGUCAGUUGAAGGUCAGAAGAAGAAAAAACGAGGCCAUUCCUUGCCACCUCACCCCCAAGCUCUCCCCAUACACAGGGAGCCCUUCCAUAAUAUGGUCAUGUGAUGAUGUGGGUUGUAUCCUUAUUAACUGCAGGGUCUCAAGCUGAUUUGACACCUCAGACAUACCUUUGCUGCUAUACUGUUUGUACUGUCUACAACAGAUUUUUUUUCUUGUUACCUUGCUCCUGAUAGUGUAUAAUGAAUGAGCAUGAAUUGUAAAGUAUUUAUUUAAAAACAUAAAGGAGACAUUCCUUUAAAAAGGAAGUUUUAAAAAAAAAAAAAAAAAAAAAAAAACCUUGUAAUUAAUUUUACGUCCAUCUAGCUUUAGAGUUUGUGUCAUUUCUUGAGCUUGCUAGCUCUGUCAUUAGAUCCAUGUUAAGAUCUAGUCAUGUGGUUAAGGAAUGUAAGAAGAAGGGGGUACAAAGAAUAAAAAGAAGAAAGAAAGAAAGAAAGAAAGAAAGAAAGAAAGUACUUCAAACUGAGAUGCCUGUAUUGGUCUGCACUGAAUAAAAAACAUGGAGAUUUAUUUCCUUAACCAUAGGACUCACACGGCUGUAUUUCCUUAACCAUAGGACUCACACGGCUGUGACUCAAACUGAUAGACAGAAAAAAAGAGGACCUGAAGGAGAACUGUUUUUGUACACUGUACAUCCUUGGUAUUUUUACACGUAAAUGUAUACGAUAGGGAUGCACAUCAACUUCCUUCCAAACAGAUGGCUUAAAUAAAAGCACUAUGUCAAUCUGCA